GGAGAAAAAAAGGUCUUCACAAAGAAUCUGUACGAGAAGUUGAUGGUUCCCGAAUUUUUUUCGAUCUAUAUUUAAAAAUAUCCAAAGCCGAGGAAAAUAGCGAUAAUGCACGUCAUGAAGUCUUAAGAGCAUAUUACUUCCUUGGAGAGGAAUUGGAGAAACGCCUUACCAACUAUAAACAAUCUAUGGAAGAACAUGAGGCUCAAAAGAAGGUUAACGAUGAG